AUGGAACCAGAAAUUUUACGAUUUCAAACUGAACGGCAACAUGUGAUUGAAAGAGUAAAGGAAUUAUUAGAAAGGAACCCCGAGGACAGUGAAUUGCACGAAACUCUGGACGAUCUCUUCCGACAAGCAAAGGAGCUUUCAAAUACAAAGCAGCAAUCUGUAGAACGCGAUGAAGAUAACAUAAAUGAUACACGUACUUUAAAGAAUUUCAGAACUUCGAAUAUAGGGAAGGACAGUCAGACAAAUCGCAUCAUAGUGAAUGAUCAAAUAAAAAUUAUUGCUUAUUUUCCGCGUCAGAUUAGGCUGUCAAAAGAGAUAGACGCGGUAGACAUGAGCGUGUGUUCCGUCACUAAUUGUAAUGUACAUCGGAUGACGGCAGAAAUUAAUGGCACUAUAUUAGAUGCCGAUGCAGUCCUCAUCCAAGGUAACAGAAUGCCUAAACAUCUUCCAACUCAUAGAGACUCUAAUCAAGUCUUCGUGUUUUUGAAUAACGAGCCUCCUUUGUAUAUACAAAUGACGGAUCUUUCCAAUAAAAUGUUCGUGAACUAUUUUAACUGGACCAUGACAUAUAGAACAGAUUCUGAUAUACCAUUUCUUUAUGGCGCAAUUGUGUCGGAUGAUGAGCAAAGUUAUACCGAUUAUCUACAUAACGUCGGACGAAAAAGGAGCAAUGAGCUACAUAUAAAUAAAGACUUAGACAAGCAUUACUCGGCUAUAUAUAAACAAAAGGAUGGAGGUGUUUUUUGGAUUGUAAGUCACUGCUCAACAAAGUCUAAAAGAGAAAAGUAUGUUGAUAAGAUGAGAGAACAUAUUAAAGUAGAUCAGUUUGGAGGUUGUAAUGAAAAUAAGAUCGCACGUAAAACUUAUUAUUCUACUGAAAAUUGGACACGUUACAAGUUUUACCUUGCUUUUGAAAAUACGUAUUUGUAUUGA